CAGAGAGUGGCCGCCGCGAAGACGACACCGUCGCAUGGAGCUGGUCAUAAACAAAACCUGUUUGGAGAAAGCCGCGUGGAAAGAACGCGCGUGCGAGGAGGAAGUGAAACCCUAUAAAAAGGCGGUUCUCAUUGUGAAGGCUAACACCACACUCCGUUGGCGUGUUUACAACUGUCGGGCUUCGCUUCAAGAUGACUUGCUCCCUCGCUUUGGUCCUUCUGCUCGGCGGCGUGGCGGUCUGCACCGCCCAGGGAAUUCCCGGGGGAUACAGCUUAAAGACGGACCACCACACCAACCCCAAGUAUCUGGACCUGGCCCACUUCGCGACGUCCAGUUGGUCCGCCCAGCAGCCCGGCAAAACCCACUUCGACACCGUAGAAGAAGUGGAGAGGGUCGAGACUCAGGUUGUUGCUGGAACCAACUACAGAAUGACGCUCAAAGUUGUUGAGUCCGUAUGCGAACUCACGUCCACGUACAGCAAGGAGGCCUGCACAGCCAAAGCAAAUGCGGCACACAGGAACUGCAUAACCGUCAUUUACGAGAACUUGCAGGGAGAGAAGUCCGUCAGCUCCUUUGACUGCGCAGUGCAUUAAAAGCCUAGCCGCUGUACCAGCCCUCCACCGUGCGUUACGUGACAACUGCAUUUCCUUCGAUUGUUUCUGAUCGCAUUUUGUCUCUUAGCAAUGUAUGACACUUCAGUGUUUUCAGGCUGCCUUGCGUCUCUCUCCAAGUUAGAAUAUUUUCGCCAGCCUGGGAACACAAUCAUCAACUAAGCUCUGGAGAGGUAGAGCAAUGAACAAAUUUUUUUUUCUUCGAAAUAAUUCUUAGUUUGUCAGGACUGUAAUAAAAAGACUCUUAAUCAUUAUCA